UUAAUCCAAUUAACCUCAGUGUUUCCUGGCGUGAUGACGCGCGGAGUGGGCGGGGCCGCGGAGGAGACAGACUCGCGCUCGCUGGCGGAGUGUUUACACGCAGCGCGAAGAGCGCCGAGCGACUCAAACUAGUUCUUUAUCAUAUCCAGAAGUGUCACUGCCUGCUUUUUCUGCACCUGGCUUUUGUUUGUUUUCGUUUCUCGUCUCGGCCAAACUAAACGAUGGCAGUUUGUUAGGAGCUGCACUUGAAGAGCAAGUCAGUUUCUUGGCGGAUCGGAGGCACUGCGAUGCCCUCUGAUUUCACGUCGCUCUUUAGCGCGGAUAUCGACCUCGAUUCGCCCAAGUCCCUCUACUCCAAAGUGAAAGAAAAACUGUGUUUUGGGACAUGAACGGCAACCACUGUGUCCUGUUUGUGUGGGAAGAAACUAUGCAGCAAAAUAGGAAUUUUCUCUCUUAAAAAUGAGUGGAAACACUUCGAAACAGUCCAGAAUCAGUAUAUGAUCUUCUCCCGAAAGAGCUGCAGCUGCCGUCUUCUAGAGAGCAGAACGCAGCCGCUAUGAGUCAAAAAAGUGGUGGAGAGGCAGGACCUCCGCCAUCGACAGCUGUUGCCGCAGGUGGUUUGAGGGGAGGGCUUGGUGACGUCAGAGGAAAGUCGUUUCAGAGGUGGAGCAAGUUUUUGAUAAAAGAUUACAGACAACUAACAUUUCUUUCUUUGGAGUAAUGUGCACUGAUGAAAUGUUUAUAGUAAGACCAGGAAUGUGCAUGAAGAUGUAAACACGGACAUUUAAGCACAGAUAGCUGUUUUAAUGGUAAAUAUUACAAUAAAACUCUAAUUAGGAAACUCUAUCUGAUUGCAUUUAGAUUGGUUUGUUGUCUAUAUAUAAUGUUGUUCUUUUUGUGAAUGUUGGACCUUGCUAAAAAAAAAAAAAAACAACAUUAAAAAAAAUAUUUUAUGAAAAGAAAAAAAGAUAUUUCAGAGAAAACAAAAGGUUUAUCGGGGCAUCAGAGUAGAAACAUUUUUUGCAAAUAGUAAUUAAAUAUAAAUUUUUAAAUUACAUUUACAUUUUUUUACUUUGUAUUUAACACACUGUGAUAAAUUAAAUAAUAAUGAUAAUAAUAAUAAUAAACACUCAAAAAUGAAAUUUUACUGUAUGAAAUUCCAUUUGGCCUUCCAGCAUCGCUCUAGUUUUAUGAAUGAACAUAACUGGCUCGAUGCCACUAGGUCCUAAAUUUCCAAAAAAAAAACUAAAUAAGAAAAGCUGUUUGGUAUAAAAAUCCAAUGGGAAAAGUCGACAUAUACAAAAACAAAAUGUAUUCUCAAAACUUCUAUAUGCAAAACAUAUUCUGAGAAAUGCAUGCAUUGCCAGUUACUGAAGUUCUUCCUGACUUGCAUUGAACAGUGAGGAAAGACACUGUCCACAGUGAACACACUCCUCAGAACUUUUCUUUUGAGUUCCUAUUUGUACAUUCAAAAUGCAAUUCACUUUAGUUUCUUUUACUCUGCCCCUUUAUCAAAGUGCCCAGGUUUAGGGUGAGUUUCUGUAAACCAGAAGUCUGUUGCCUUUGGACAUCUGUACCUAACUGCAGCCAAAUGCAUCCCUCUGACGAGGCAGGACAUGCUGGCUGCAGCUGAAGGAAGGAAUUUCUCUCUGAAGCAGGGAGUGUCUGCAUACAAAAUGCUCUGCAGUUUUCUGCUUCAUAGGUCAGACACUGGUUUAUGUUGUUUCUGUGGCUAUGCUCACUCCCAUCAAAAUUUGUGCAAAUUUGUUUAAGAAUUUGCUUGCAUCAUUUGACACAUCUGGAUGAGAGAUGUAGACCCUCAACUGGAAUAAAUAUUGAAACAUAUGCCAUGUAACAAUUUUUGAGGGUUAUAUGCAAGAGCUCAUUUACUGUAGAUUUCCAAUGUAUGCUUAAAUAAAACCCAAGACAUGAGAGGAUAUUAUGGCUAGCGGGCUGUGCGUAAUGUCUUGGAGAGUGAUGUCAUGCCCUGCUCUGCAGUAACUCUACAUGAAAUGCUUGUUUUUCUUUUUUCACAGAUGUUAUUCAGCAUGAUCAUUUUGCUCCCGUUGUAUGCUGAUUUAUUUCCACAGCAUUUCAACUGCUUUUUGUCAUUUGCCCUAAUGAUAGAUAAUGCUCUGUGAAAGAUUAAAAACAGGAACUAUUGGAAAGAAAAGAUAAAAUGCAAUCAUGAGAAAUGUCUUGACUUGACUGGGACUGUUGGCUCAUGUUGAUACCUUGUCUAUGCCUUUAUUCACUGAUUCUGAUUGUACACACUACAGAUGGCUCGUCCGCCUCUUCUGCUAUGAGCAUGGGAAGUCCUCGCAGUGCUUUUUCCACCUCUUCCACCUCAGCUUCAGAGCGGAUCACCGUGCAUGAAAGCAGCACGCCGGGAGAUGUUAGCAGUCGAAGAAAAGCCGAGGUUCUGGCUGCGGAAAACAAGCAUUCCGGUCGAGAAAAAGGUGGCCAGCAGACCCAGCAGCAGCACCAGAUGACACCCUCCAAACGGCCUGUCCUCAACAUCUCGCCUCCACCCGAGGACCUGUUCGAUGAGAGCAACAUUUCCUGCCAAGAUGAGCUGCUUCUCGACUCGGAGCAGAGUAACAGCAUCUGGAUGGAAAACUCAGUGUCCAACUUCAGCAUUGUGAGCUCCAGCUCCUACAAUGACAACACUGAAGUGCCCCGCAAGGCCCGUAAGUGCACCCCGCGACAGAAGCCCGGGCCAAAGCCAGUCCCUGCUGAAGAAGCCAGUAUGGAUGUCUUUGAUGCAGAUAGUGCCAAAGGUCCACACUUUGUGCUCUCGCAACUUGGCCCAGACAGCAAGACCUGUUCCAAAGCCAGCUCCGAUGGACCACAAGCAUCUGGUCUCAAAGGUGGGAUACUGUCUUGUCAGUAUCCUCAGAAAAGUGAAGGGAAAGAACUGAAGAUUGUGGUGCAGCCUGAGACUCAGCACAGAGCGCGUUACCUGACUGAAGGCAGCCGCGGGUCUGUGAAAGACCGAACACAGCAGGGUUUCCCUACUAUCAAGCUCGAGGGUGUGAAGGAGUCAGUGGUCCUACAGAUUUUUGUGGGCAAUGAUGCUGGACGUGUGAAGCCCCAUGGCUUCUACCAGGCUUGCAGAGUUACAGGCCGUAACACAACCGCCUGUAGGGAAGUGGACAUCGAAGGCACCACUGUCAUCGAAGUGCCUCUGGAUCCCAGCAGCAAUAUGACUCUGGCUGUAGACUGCGUGGGGAUCCUGAAGCUCAGGAAUGCCGAUGUGGAGGCCCGUAUUGGGGUGGCUGGAUCUAAGAAGAAAAGUACCCGCGCCAGACUGGUGUUUCGAGUCAACAUCCCACGCCCGGAUGGCUCUGUGCUCACAUUACAGACCUCGUCGUCUCCCAUACUGUGCACCCAGCCUGCAGGAGUACCUGAGAUUCUCAAGAAGAGUUUGCACAGCUGUUCGGUUAAUGGGGGCAGUGAAGUCUUUAUUAUUGGAAAAAACUUUCUCAAAGGAACCAAGGUCGUAUUUCAGGAGAAUGCUUCAGCAGAUGAUAAGUCCUGGAAGGCAGAGGCUGACAUUGACAUGGAGUUUUUCCAUCAGAAUCACCUUAUUGUCAAAGUCCCUCCAUAUCAAAAUCCAGCUAUCACAUCUCCUGUAUCUGUUGGUAUCUAUAUUGUUACGAAUGCUGGACGUUCCCAUGAUAUUCAACCAUUUACAUACACUCCAGAGCCAGUUGUCGAUUCUUCUGUGAAAAAGGAAGUUUUGCCUCCAGUGACACCUUGUUGUUUUGAACAAAUAAAAGUAAUCGAUACUGCUUUGAUGACGCCGGUUUUGCCUCUUGUUAAACGAGAAGAGGUCACUCCAAUGGAGGUCUCCAGUAACCCCUCGGCCUUCAAGACCUCUGAAGUCAUCAAUUCAGCCCAGCAAGCCUUAGAUAUGAGUGCUGAGAUCUCCACCAAUAACUGCAAAUUUUCCAGUUCGCUGGCACACCAAACAAGAGAACAGGAUCAAUCUCAGAAUUCUGUCUUUCCCAACAAAGAGCCAUUCAGCACCAUCCAGGAACAGAAUCUUACACCCAGUGGCUCUUUCCAUGUGCCUAAUAAAUCUCUUCUUCAGCAAGGAGUUCAGCCAUUCCUCUUGGAACACAGAGAGAGUCUUGGACAGGAGAGGACAGGCAACAGCGGCAGUUCAGUGGUGGGCCUUUCCCAGAUUGAUGACAACUCGCAGCAGCAGCUCUCACUUCUACCUCCAGAUGAGGUGGCACAGCUGGAGCAGGCCGUGCGGCAGCUGCAAGCGAAGGGAUUCUGCAACAUCCAUCUCCAGAGUGAGAAUUCACUGUCAAAACAAAGACAACAUCAACUUCAUCAGCAGCAUCAGCAAAUUCAACAACAGCAGCAGCAAAUCCAGCAGCAACAACAGCAAAUCCAGCAACAGCAGCAGCACAUCCAGCACCAAGAGCAGCAAAUCCAGUUGCAGCAGCAGCAACACCAGCAGCAGCAAGCUCUGGAGAACCUUCAACAUCAGCUCUUUCAGCCCCAGGUUCAAAUCCAUUGUAGUUCAGAGCAGCAGAGCUCUUCCCAAGGUAUGGUCCAGAAUGGAAGCUCCCUCUUCCAGCAAACCCCAUCACAACAACAACAGCAGCAGCAGCAAGCAUCCUUGUUUCAACAAGCAACUGGCUUUCUUCAGCAGCAAUCCAGUCAUUCCUCGCCUUCCCUGUUUCACAACCCUACGGCCAUGACCGAAGCCCAAAGCCCACAGGAGGCUCUUUUCCACUCACAGAAGACCUCAGCCAAUCAGGAUCAGGUCCAAGCUUCCCUAUUUCAAAGCAAUCUGACGGUUCUCGGUGGGUCCAACAUGUCAGCGGAAGCUCAGCCCUCUGCGAGUAUGUUUCUUUCCCAAAAUGCCAUACCAGGCCAACUUGCUGUUAACGCUGGCCAGCCACAGCAACUGGCCUUUCUCACGUCUAUGCAGACAUCUUCUCUCGAGGCACCAUCUGUAUUUCAGACUCCACCCCAACUGUCCCCUAUUCAGCAAGGCACUCCAAUGGAGCAACAACAGUCACCACAGCGUACCCAACCUGGCUCCAUGUUCCAGAGCAUGUCCCAGUCACCAAGCAAACUCCCCCAUGGUCAGCAGCAGCAGGCAGGCCUACUCCUCGGUUCCUUAAAUUCUCCAGUGACACAAGAGCAAACCUCCAAUCUGUUAUUUGGUGGCCAAGUCCAGAUAGGAUCGAUGAACAACAGCAGCCUAGCUUCUCCAGAACAACAGAGCACUUCCCUUCCCUUCUCUCAGACCGGCAUGGUUACGGUCAGGCAGCAGGAGUCGUCUGAACCCAUGACGUUUCAGGAUCAGACUACUAUGGUGGUCAGCCCCUCCUCGAAUAAGCCCAUUUUCCAAGACCAGCAACCAAUGCAGUUGGCACCAAGUUCUGGUACAGCCCCUUCACAGUCUGUAAACCUCUUCAUGGCCCAGUCCGGCAUUCAAGGGGGAAUGGCUUCUCAAGAACCCCUUUUUACACCACAGAGUGAUGUAAGCCGAAUUCAGACUAGCACUUCCUCUCCAGUACAACAGCCUGGUCAACUCUUCCAGACCACAAUGAGUGGAAGUCUCAAUCUGCCCAACCAGAAUCAGCAGCCAGACCUGUUCCUCUUUGAGAUUCAGAAUGAAUGCAGUCAGCUGAUGAACAGCCAAGGAUCUACACUUUCUGAUCAGAUCAUUGCCAUCAACCAGUCUGGACAGAGUCAGCAAGAGAGUGAGGGACAAAUCCAGUCUUUACUUGGGCAGUCCCUGCCAGACCCUGGAACUGUGCAGAGCACUUUGACAACCUCUCAAAACAUGGAGAAGAUUGACGACCUUCUGGUGAGCCUUCAGGAGCAAAGCAAUAACAUCUCCCACUCCUACUAGGGCUUUCAUUGUGUGUAGCUGCCCAAAAUCUCCAUUCCAUAGGUGAUUGUAGAUAUUUCUUGCACACGUCUUGGAUAGUCGGAUGUCCUCUAUUUUGAAUAUUUCAAGGAUGUUGGAGGUAUUUUGCUCAUACCCCUUAAAAGAAAUAGCAAGACAUUCACUUUAGACAUUGGCACUGAGAAAGUAGAGUCGCCUGUUGAAGAAGAAGUCAAUUCAUGAUCUACAACUUCUGUUUUGAUCGGCAAUUCUCCAGGACCCUCUGGAGAACCUCAAUGCAUCCUUUCAAGAGGAGCAUUUCUCUGAGGAACUAACAAAAUGCAACCCAUAUGUUCCUGCUAUAAAGACCGUCAUUAGUUCCGCAGCAACCCCAUCAUAAAUAAAGGCUUUGAGGCGUUUGAAAUAUAUAUUGAAGUU